AAGUGACAUCACUAAAUAAAGCCGUACUCCGUACUCGACGACACUCCGCCAUUUUGACUUCCUGCUUCCAGAGAACAACAGCCCAACAGCGUAGAUUUUUCUCAGGGAAAGCUUUAUUAUUUUGUAAGAUAGGAGUUUGUCUUUUUUAUUUUAGUUUAGUUUCUGGUAUAAAAAAAAAACAACCCUUGUAAGGUUCAGACAGUGUGUCGGUUAGCUUCAGCCAGAGAGACGAAAUGCCGAGCCACCCGCUGCGUGUAGCGGUUGUGUGCUCGAGCAACCAGAACCGCAGUAUGGAAGCGCACAAUAUCCUCAGUAAACGUGGAUUUGAUGUGCGCUCAUUUGGUACGGGGUCUCAUGUGAAGCUACCCGGUCCUGCCCCGGAUAAGCCAAAUGUGUAUGACUUCAAAACAACUUAUGUACAGAUGUACAACGACUUGGUCCGAAAGGACAAGGAACUAUACACACAGAACGGCAUCCUGCACAUGCUGGACCGCAACAAGCGCAUCAAAUCAAAGCCAGAGCGCUUCCAGAGCUGCAAAGACACGUUUGACCUGGUCAUCACCUGUGAAGAGAGAGUCUAUGACCAAGUGGUGGAGGAUCUGAGUUCAAGAGAGCAGGAGACGCUGCAGCCAGUGCAUGUCAUCAAUGUAGACAUUCAGGACAACCAUGAGGAAGCCACGCUGGGCGCCUUCCUUAUCUGUGAGCUGUGUCAAUGUAUCCAGCACACUGACGACAUGGAGAAUGAAAUCGAUGAGCUCCUACAAGAGUUUGAGGACAAGAGCAACAGGCCUUUUCUUCACACUGUCUCUUUCUACUGAUACAAAAAUAGACAUUUGCAAUAAAUACAGACCUAGAUCAGAAGCAAUCAAACAAUAGCAUAAAGACACACACACACACACACACACACACACACACACACACACACACACACACACACACACACACACACACACACACACACACACACACACACACACACACACCAUAAUGCAGGACAAACAAAUUGUGUGCUUGCAGAGACACAAUCAUUCUCUCACACACAGAGUUUGGGUCAGGACCUAACAAACAGCUGCUGUCAGACAUAUUGGUGAUGAUGGGUUUUUCCUCUAUGCAGAGGACCAACUCGCUGCUCCCGCUCUGCCUUUAUUUCUCUGGAACAAGGUCAGGCCAAGCUCUUCUCUCCACCCCAGUCCAGUGAAAUCACUCAACCAUGUCUCCUCAGGGAGAGCCAUAGCACCCACAACCCUAAUCCAACGACUCUUACAAAUACUUCUGCUUUUGUUCAGUACAGCAUAUUGAUGCUGACUUAUUUUGUUCAGAUUAUAUAAAAUUGUAACUCAUAUAGACAUAUAAGUCAGAUUUUUAUUGCUGACCUGAAACAGUUUAAAUGUGUUCAUUAGGUUUGACAGGGAUAAGAAUUGAUUAAACUGAAUGUGUGUUUCUGUGCGACUAUGUGAUGUAGAUUAGUUAGAUUUAAGUUAAAGUGGGUGGGCUAAUGAUGAAUAACCAAACCUGGACCUCUCAGAGGUUCUCCAAUGUGUUUCCAAAAUAAUUUGUUGAUUCUUAUUUAAACUUGGAUAUGCUAUUUUUCAGGGCAUAGUAUUUUUUCUUUUGUAAAUGUUAAAAGAAUUGAAGCAUUGUAAUUCUUUGCGAACUGCAAGCUCAGCUCAGAGUGCCUGAUAUUUCUGUAUGUACAUACGAAUUCACUAAAAGAGAAUCAUCUUCAA